GCCAUUGCAAUUUGUAAGUAGUUUAUAGUUCGUUUUUCAAGUUUUCUAUAUAGAACAAGUGAAAAAUAUUCACUACAGAAUAAUGAAGAUAUAUCUGCUUUUUCUUUUGUGGGGCUCAACAAGCGCAAGAGAUAACUCAAUCAGUCAAUCACUAGGGAACUUAUUAGAUCUCAUGAAAAAAAGUGCUUCGGUUCAAGACGUAACGGUAACAUCAGAAAUUGCCAAUCAAAUAACAAGAAAUGUCACUCAGUAUAUUAACAAAAGAAAAACAACAAUACGUUCAAUACCUUCGCCAACAACAAAUGAUGGAGAUUUAUUUGAUGCCGCUCAGAUAAGAGGACCGGAGCUUACUGAAUCAGAGCUAUCUAGCAACGAAACAAUACCUGUCAGACGAAAAAUUAGUGAGACAAUACUUUCAAUACUAGAUAAUUACAAGCAGUCUGAUGUUAUAGGAGUUCCAGGACUACCUGUACCAGAUCCUAUGUAUAUACCUGAUAUGACAAGAGCUUUCUCAAUUGGUACCAUGUAUUUCGAAAACAUUCAAUUACACGGUUUAAGUAAAUACGGAAUAGAAUAUGUUGUUGCAAAUGUGGCUAAAAUGAAAGUUGAAGUGUGUUUAACAAUUGAUGUCUUAAUAGUAACAGGCAAUUAUACACUCAAAUCGUGGGUUUCUAAAGGAUCUGGACCCUUUACUGUUACCAUGAAGAACGUUAUUGUAAUAAUUAUAACUUCAUUGGAAGUUGGCGACGAUGGUUUGUUGGAAGCUCCUAAACUGGAUACAGAUGUAACUUUUGGAGACAUUGAAAUGGAUUUUCAAGAACAAGGGUUAGUUGCUAAUGUGUUUCAAGGGAUCAUGAAAUCAGUUGGCUUUUUCUUGUUUGAUUCAAUAAAGCCCUAUAUUCUGAAUGAAGUAAAUACAAACAUAAGACACAACAUCAACUAUGAAAUUAAAAACAUAAAUAAAACUUUCCUAACAACAAUUUUACCAAUCGACCAAUUGAUUUACGAAAUAAGAAAAAUGAUCAGAUAUAGUGGCUACGAACCUUUCUCUAUCCCCGAUUACAACAUUACUGUUGGGAUUUUUGACGUUCGCUUGUACAAUACCAGGAUCUUCGGACUAUCAAAUUUUCACAGAACGAAAGACCUUAUGUUCGAAUUGAUAAAUAAGACUUCACAUGUAUCAUUUGAAGUUAGUACUGGAAAGCUUAUUGGUAAUAGUAAUUGGGGAGUAGUUUUGAUUCCAGGAAAAUUAUAUAGAGAUGGUGCACUUGCCUUCACUGUUAAUAGUUUCAAAGUUCGUAUCGAUGCCAGUCAAAGCAUGGAUAUCUCUUAUCCACCGUCACUAGACGAUAUUCAAUUAGAAUUGGGAGAUAUUCAUGUAAAGUUCAAUGGACUGGGAAGAAUAGACAAGCUUAUUGAAAUCGGGGUGAAUAUCAUUCCAAAUGUAUUGAGAGCUCAAAUCAUGGAUGCCAUUGAAAGACCUCUCAAAUAUAAAAUUCAAGAGGGACUGAAUCUAGUUAACGUGGAAAAGCUUGUUGUGGACAAUGCCGAUCAGUUAGAUGAUGCAAUGGGAUAUUUAUAAAAUAUGUGACAAUUUUUUUAUAAAUAUGUUUGUAUUAUGAUUUUUUGAUUAAACGAUUUCUUUAAUUUUA